AUGGCUGCCAAACUCAUCCUCCCGCUCCUCAGCGCUUUCGUCUUCUAUGCCAUCUACUACCAGGCCGCCGUCAAUGGCCUCCAGGACCUCGCCGACGAGUCCAUCGCAUCCGGCACCCUCCCAGGCACCCGCGAUCCCCUUCGCACCGUCUACACCACCGUUGCCCCCGUCGACCAGCUUCUCACGCUCCUGACCACCUUUUUCUGGCCCGUCACCGACGGGAGCCGACCGGGGCUGCUGCUUCAUUGCCUUGCUUUCUCCGGCACCUACUGCUCCGCCUGGAUCCUCGUCACCUUGGAGUCAUGGAGACGUGGCAACGCAGCCUCUCUUGCUGCCUUCGCCUCCAUCUUCGGCAUCGCCGCCCAACUCUUCACCUUUGCCUUUGCGACGCCGCUGUACUGCGUGAUCCAGCUCUACGUGUCCGUCACUGCCCGCAAGCCCACGGCCGAGAACCUCGCCAUUCCGCACUCUGUCCUGCGGGCAAUGCCUCUUGCCUUUGCCGCCGGUAUGCUCCUCCCUUCCGGUCUGAUGCUUGCCCCCGAAUCGGAAAUCUUCACGUCGGACCUGAAGCAAAUCUUCAUCGCCCUCUGGCAGCCAUGGCCCGUCUACGUCGCCAGCAUUCUCUUCGUCGUCCACGUCGCUUCUCCUUCGGCACCCGUCAACGAUCAGUCUCCCGCCGACGCACGCGCCAGCCGUAGCUCUCUCCGGUUCGUCUACGCCUUUGCCUUUGCCAUCGCCGCCGUUCCCCACCUCGUCAGCAUCGUCAUAUCCGCCGCGACGGUGGUGGCGCCCACCAUGUUUGACCUGCAAUUCCUCGAACCCCUCCACCCUCUCAACGUCUUUGCCGCCGCCCCCUGGCCCUGGUCCAACCCCGUCGUCCAGGUCGAGACAGUGGGAGAGGGUGUGCAAGCCUUCCUGGCUUGGGAUUAUUUGAUUGGAUCCACCGCCGUCUUGGUUUGGACCGUCAGUCUCUUCAAGUCGGCCCAUCGUGCCGUGUACGGACCCGCCGAGAAAACCUGCCUCGCCCUGAAAGUCAUGUCGCUCGUACUUUUGGCCGGUCCCGUAGGAGCUGCCGUCGAGCUGAUGUGGGAGAGGGAGGAGCUUGUGCUGCAGGCCGAUGACGCCAAAACCGCGCCGCGAAAGGCGUAA